UUGACGAAUUAUUCGCAAAGGAGUUGUGCUGCAUGAGACAAAGCUAGUGGCAUUUGUUAAAACUAGUAAACUCUGAUGUACUUUCAAGAACAGUUUUUAACAUUAAUAUUCUGUUUGUACUUUUAUUAUACAAACCGUUCGUAUUAACUGCAAAAUACUCAUUAUUUUCUUGCAGACUAUUCCUUAGCCUCGACGAAUAUUGAUCCUGUAAACAGUGACCAAAACUGUAAUUACACAGACGUCCAAUUUGGCAACACUGAACACCUUACAACCCGGAUACCUAUAUAUUUACUCUUAAAUCAAAGUAAAAUAUGUGCUGGUCGUUGAUAUUCGUGUGAGAAAUACCAGUGUCGGUGCCUGACCCAUUUUUUUUGUAAUGUUGAUGUUUUUAUUUACAUAGUGAACUUUCGCUAACGUUGUAUGCGUAGGCGUGAAUAAAUAUGAACAUUAAAUGUAGGUAGAUGACAGCGUCAUAUUGUUCAUGAUGGUGGGUUGUUGUGGAUUUGUGAUAUGGUCUGUGAAUUUGUGGUGGACAACUUCGCCAAGAAAGUAAGAAAUGUGUCGUUAUUGUAUAGGUACGUGUCUGCUGUACGACAAUUUGACAGCAUCUAUGUCAUUAAAUCGACUUACAUGGAGAAGAUUUCAAAAUCUGUUUACGCGCCUGACGAGUUUGCUUCAAUUCGCUAUGCCUGGGAUGAGAUUGGCAGAUUCGAUUUCUGAGGUUCCUGCGCUAGGACAGAACCAUCCACAGUUGGUUGAACUUUGGUUACAGAAAUGACACCAAAAACCCAGAGGACUACUUCAUGCAACAAUAUAUUUGUCGUGAGGAUAUACAUCACCAUAGAUUUGCCACACUACAGGAAUUUAAAGUGAAUUUCAUGGUCCUUAAAAGGACAUCCUUAGUACCUUCGGUACCAACAAUGGGUGAGCCUGUGAAGAAAAAGCAAAGAGUUGAUGAAAUAACUGACAUAAAUUUGCAGAGUGACGGUGAUACGACUGUGGAGGAGGAAUUGGCUGCGAUACAGCAGCACAUUCUGAAUCAGUGUUUGUGCCCUGUGUCAGAAACAUGUCUGUGGAAACCUUUUCAAGGCGUGAAACUUGUGUCUGAAGAACAAGGAGAUUACCGCAUACCAGUGCUGUCGGAAUGGAGCCGUGACAGAAUCCUGUUAUUUGUUAGCAUAUUGCAGCUUUUAUGUGAAGUUGCUAUUAAACAAAAUUCGAAAGGCACUCUGUGUAGUCGAAUUGGUGAAAUAUGUGACGUUCUAGUUAGGAAUGAAUACGGUUUGAUUGAGCAACUCAUAGAGUUUUCUUCGCACCCAGAUCCCUUUGUAUGCUUCGCUGCUAGCAGAGCUUUGUCAGCCUUUUUAAUAGUGUCUAAAUCUCACGUUAAUCCUUCCUGGUUAGAAAGCCUUACAGAAAAUAUUCUCAUUACAACAUUGCCACAAAAAAUUUCUUUUUCUUUAGAAGUAAUUAAACAUGUUGUAGAAUGGAAAGAUAUUGAUAAUCAUCCAUUAGAGGACAACAGUGAGGACAGGCCACCAACUGGUUGUGUUGUGACGAGUUUAUCUGAUCCAGAAAGCUUGGACACUAGCCAAGUAAAAUGCUUGUGCAUAAAAGCACUAGAAUCUAAGUGGCCAGCAGUAGUCAGAAAAUUUGAUGGAUUGAUAGCAUCAUACUCUAAUGAACAUGAAUCAUCUAUCAUAACAUUCCUUGGUUUGUGGGAAGCAAUCAUUUCAGUUAAAGCAAAUCUAUCUGUAGUUGACACAAAACCUUUUUAUGCCCACUUGGACAGCUUUGUAGGACUGCUCAAUUCAGCUGUUCCUGCUGGCAUUUGGAAACAUUUGUUAGCGUUGUUCAAUGAAGUUCUUUGUUAUGGCAGUACACUUGCAUUGCAGGAUAUAUUGGCUGAAGAACCUUGUGCACUGGCUCAUUUGGUGGUGCGAAGUGUGAAAGACUGGCAUUUGUUGGAUACUCUUCCAUAUCGUGGUGGUAGUGGAAGGUUUGGUGGUGGUGCAGGUGAUGGUGAUCGUCCAUUACUGCAAAAAAUGGUUUUGCUGGUGCUGAAGAGUGUUGCUGUGACUGUGAAAGAAACAAGAUGUGAUAGUUCGAGUGACAGUUCCCUUGGUUCAGAGGCAGAUGAUGUGGAUGCUGACAUGGCUGUCAUUGAACGAAGUAUUAGAGAAGUGCUCCGUCAGUUGGACAACUGUGUGAAGACACUGCUUCCCUUUCACCCUGAAACACCUCUUGCCCAGUGGGUUGUUCAGUUGUUUACAGACCAGGAUGAUGCCUUAAUUGAAGGAAUGGUAUGUUGUUUGGAUGUAGCUGUAGGUUUAUUUUACCGAAGCAGUACUCAGGUUGACUUAGGACGUACAUUGAGUCCAGGAACAACUUUUGUACAGUUUCUUAGAGCUGUUUCUCAUGAUCCAGAUGUGCUACUGGAUCUCCUUGUCUCAAAUGAGACUUGCUUUUUGCUGUACCUGUUACGCUUGUUGAAGUUCAUACGUCGAAAUUGGGAGGACUUUGUCGCUUGUUGUGGUAGAGAACUGGAUGACACGAUGUCUGUUCUAAUAAGAUUACGCCUUGCGAUUGACAGGCUUGUGUCCAAAGCCCUGUUCCCGUAUAAUAUUAAUCCUGUGCUGAGGCUGUUAGAGAAGUGUGAACAGAUGUACGAAGUUAAUGACAGCUAGUAUUGGAUUUAACAGAAGCUCUAUCCUCAGUGAGUUGUGUAUGCCUGUGUUCCUUAUUUUGUGUAGUUGUGAAAUAAUUAGUCUUGUUUAUUUAUAUUUCCAUCAUGUACUAAAAAAAAUCAGAAGGCAAGUUAAGCAACAUAUAACAUAUUUUUUUACCAAAAUAGUGUAAAUAUAUGUAUUUUAUACAGUGGUGUUAAUAUUUAUAUAGUUUUAAUAUUUUUUUUUAUUCAACAUGGUCACAUAUCAGCAAGCCAUUCCAACAUAAGUUACCCCUGUAAACUGUACAAAGUUGCAUGCAGAAAAUAGUAUGCUUAAUGCUACACCUUACCAAAGUUUUGGCAAAAAACUGCCAUGUGCUGCAAGUUCUUGAUUAUGAUGUAUUUUCCUCAUUUCCUUUGUAAUAAUGAGCUGAUCAUUUAAAUGCUCAUACAUUUAACUGUACUUCAGACCACUGAAUAUAAAUUUUCCAUUGAAAGCAGCUGGUUUCAGUAAUGUUAAAAUACUUUUUAAGUUGGUGUUACUACCUGCACCAAAACUUUUGUUUAAUACUAACAUGCUCAUUUUUGAAUAUAAGAAUGUGGAAAAGACAUUGUGAAUUUUCAUGAAAAUCAUUUGGAUUAUAAACAAAUUUUAAAUACAUAAUUUGGGCAUAAUUAAUACUUAAUAUAAUCUUUCUG